CGGUGCUCACGGCCUAGUCACAAAAGAAAUGGCGAGCGGUAUCGGCAAGCACAAGAUGCUGACCGUGGGGCCAACGGAGCCCUGGUCAGUCCGGGAGAAACUGUGCCUGGCCUCCUCGGUUAUGAGAAGCGGCGACCAAAACUGGGUGUCUGUAAGUAGAGCCAUCAAACCUUUCUCAGAGCUGGGUCGUCCGCCUGACUGGUUCUCACAGAAGCACUGUGCCUCACAAUACUCCGAGCUGCUUGAAGCCACAGAAGCACCAAAGCGUAAGCGUGGCGAGAAGGGCGAGGUGGUCGAGACGAUAGAAGACGUCAUCGUUCGUAGGUUGACGGCCGAGAGGAUAGAGGAGCUGAAAAAGCUACUACGAGAAACACAGGACCAGUACAGGAAGUUGAAGAAGGAGGUGGAUAUGAUACAGACAGGUCAUAUGGACUCUCAGCUGAAGGAGCUGUGGGCAGACAUCACACUAAAGAAGAAGCAGGAUGAGGACGAAGCCGAACAGAAGAGAAAAGCAACAGAAACAGCGUAUCAAGCUCGACAGGCAGUAAAAAACACACCUAAACGUUUGCCCAGUGUAACUGUUCGUUCUCCUCUGGGGGCCAGCCCACCAACACUGGAUUCUCAGGCCGAGUCCUCAGUCUCGACACCUCCCAUGGAUACAGGAGGUGGUGCCUCCGAUGACACCACUACCCACUCAGUUGUUCAGGGGGUCGGGGUUUUUCUACCAGUGACGGACACUCCCGGCCCUGGGCCCAAAGAUGGAGGCCUGGCUGCUCUAGUAGAUGAUUCGCCGCAGAAGAGGCUCCUGACCCAGAAGUCCACCCCGCCACCUUCUCCUCUUCUGUCAGAACUGCUGAAAAAGGGCAACCUCAUCUCAGCUAGCCCCCGCCUGGUUGCAGAAGGAGACUUGACUGGAGGCCUCACUAAUGGAUUACAGACUGCCACUGCAGCCAGUGCCUUACCCCCUGGUCAUGUGAUCAUCACUGAGGGAGAAGCCGAAGCUGCAGUGAAGGUAGAGCUUUGUGAGGAGGGGUUAGUGGAGGAGGACCUUGUAGCUGUGUCUUAUAUGGGAGACGAACUGGACCUGGAGACAGUAGGAGACAUCAUCGCCAUCAUAGAGGAGAAGGUCGAUGACUCUGUGGAAGUUUUAGAUGCAGCAGCGGUGGAAGCGGCGCUCUCUCUGUGCGAAGAGGCCGUUUCAGAGGGACACACCCUCCCUGGCCCCUGGGAGACCCAGGAGAUGAAGGCUUCGGAUCCUACGCCCACUGUCCAGGAAUCCAACCCCAUACAGGAGCCUCAGGAUGUGACCACAGUGUCGGCCCCGACACCUGCAAGCACAGAGACCCACGCCCAACCGGAAACCAAAAGGGAAGAGCAGCUGAAGGGAAACUGUGAGGGACCAGAGGUGACAGGAAGUGAUGUCACUUCUUCUGUCACGUCUGAUGACGGCGCCACAGGAAGUGAGGUUACGGAGGAAGCAGCGACAGGGAAGGAGGUCACUGAAGCUACAGUAAAGAGUGAAGUAGAGGAUUGGAGCCAGCCUGAGCCCAACCCACCUUGCCUAGAUUCUGAGGACAGCUCUGUGUCUGGGAAAGAGUCCAAGGAGGUAAAGGAGGAGGAGGCAGGCAGUGAGGUUGACCCUGAAGAAGGGAUGGAGCUGAAGGAGGAGUGUGGGGAUGGCCCCUAUCUGUCAGAGGUGGAGCGGGCAGCGAGCGAGAGUGAAGACGGCUACGACCCACCCUCUCAACGCUACACGGCAGAUUCAAUGGCCAGCAGCCCAGCCUCCUCUUCCCAAUUAUCUACAUGUGGCGAGGACCAGGAGGCAGUCCAGGCACAAAAGAUCUGGAAGAAAGCCAUUAUGCUGGUGUGGAGAGCUGCAGCCAAUCACAGGUACGCCAGUGUCUUUCUGCAGCCUGUGUCAGAUGACAUCGCCCCCGGUUACCACAGCAUCGUACACAGACCCAUGGACCUGUCGGCCAUAAAGAAGAACAUCGAGUCCGGCGUGAUCCGCACGACAGCCGAGUUCCAGCGAGACAUCAUGCUCAUGUUUCAGAACGCUGUCAUGUACAACUCGUCGGACCACGAUGUGUACCACAUGGCACUGGAGAUGCAGCGUGAUGUCCUGGAGCACGUUCAGCAGUUCCUGGCCACCCAGCUCAUCAUGCAGACCUCGGAGAGCGCCAUCUCCGCCAAGAGCCUCCGCGGCAGAGAGGGAAACCGUAAGCCAGGAGAGCCAGCUGAGAAGGACGGAGGCACCAGGGGUCGGCGCAGUGCCAUGGAGGCGGACCUCAAAAUGAAAAAAUAGCCUGACAUUUCAGAGGAGGUGCUAUGAGUGACAAACAGCCACUUUUGGAAUCAGAGAAGAUGGAGCUGAAUACUUAUUGGUCUCUUCGGUUGUUUUGUGAAGAGGACUGCAGACUCUGUGCCUGGUUCCUAGUCAUCCGUGCUUUGGUGUAGACGAGGGUAUAUGUGUCAGUGUGUGUCAGCCAGUGGACCUGACAGAGCUGCAUAGACCUUCCUCUCUUCUGGUUCAUAUGAUUAGUUUGUGUGCAGCACUAUAGGAUUUCACUCCGGGACAAAACUAACCAGCGCACCACUUUACCCAAGUAUCAUUUCACCAGCCAAGGUAGUUGGUCAUCAUUUCCUCCAGCUGAGAGGGAACAGCAGAGGACCGAGAGGAAAGAGACAAAGAACAUUUUCACCAGCAGAUGUGUUUGGGAUCAAAUGAUAAAGGACGGGUGAGUUCUACUCACCAGAUUGUAUCAUGUUAAGUCGUGGACGCAUCAAUACUAGUCAGUGACUGAUCAUUGAUCUUGCACCAAACUGUGCACUAGCCAUCAGGGCCGAAAACCACGCCCAGGACGGUCACACAACAAAUAAUGUACAAGUUCAAAAUGAUGGGAACAAGGAUCAUCUCUCAGUCUGAUCACUUCAGUGAGAACCACUGAUCACAUCUUUAUGGAUGGAUUUUCAGGGUUUUUGUCAUUAAUGGAGCAAAGGUGGUUAAAUUAAGGAAAUCAGAUCAUGUCACUAAACUGGUUAUUUAUAUGGACUUUGUUAGUACCUUACUUUAUUGCCUUAAAGGAACAUGUUUUAGCAUAUUAACUGCAAAAUUCAUAUACUUUACAUUUCUGCUGAUAUUUUUCCAAAGAGCAGGUUCCAUAAAAUACCAUAUUUAAUUAAAUUCAACCUCAUAAUCUGCAGGCAGAAAUGAAACAUGCCUGAGUUAUGUCAUCACUCUCAAACCGUUGUCUUGUGUUAGUGAGAAUUCAUUUCAUCAUGUAUUUAAUCUCCCUGCUUGUGCAGCCAGGUAAACUCAGGCAUCUUAAGUUUUGAACAAAUCUGAGGUACUCUUAUUAUCCGUUAUCCCUCCUCACUGUGCUGCAUGAAGCAUAAAGAUAUAGAAGCUGUUUUAUUGCUGUUGAUGAAAUUUGUAUGGUUAGUGUUGAUACGGUUUGAUCGCUAAGACCUAAGUUCACAGAUUUAAAGUGUCACGGAAAUUACUGAGUUUUCAAAUGACUUCCUGUAGAUGAACAGAGACCAUUAGCUGCUUAGUUAACAUGUGCAAAGUGAAAUGAUCGAUAGUCAUGUAAAACCUAUGUUGUGUUGCGUUAAAAAGGGCUAAAACACAGAAUGUGAAGAUUUGUUGCCGAAUUAGUAUUGAUGCGUCACUUAGGAUGUAGCCAGUGUGCUAUGUAAAUAGCAUAAGAAUCGUUUGUGUAAUGAGUGUUAGCUGAGAGUACAAAAACAGGUUUGUACAAGUGACGGAUCAUGUAGACUUUGUUUUGGUAGCUGGUACAUGUAUCACGUGUUCUGUUGUACAUUUGUUAAAUAAAGAUUUGAUCUAAGCUUAAA